AUUGAAUUACUCAAUGACUUUUCCCUAUCUAAUAUAGUGUGUUUCGGUAACAUGACAGGUACUUUAGUGUUACUUAUAUCGAUAUUGUUUUUCGCGAAAAAAAUAUGGGAUUACCUUUGUAAAGUUCCUCCGGUACCCAAAUUAGCAAACUCCUGGUGGGGACCUGGUGGACACCAUGCUGAAGACGACGGAAUAAAGUCAUUAAAGAUAAUUGUUUCCGAUGACGUUCUAGACGACCUACGUCACAGACUGAAGAACUCAAGAAGUCUAAAACCACCAUUAGAAGGUACAGAAAACGAGUAUGGAAUAAAUCCAAAUCUGACAAAGCAAGUGGUGGACUAUUGGUUAGAAAAGUACGAUUGGAGGAAGAGAGAGAUCUAUCUGAAUCAGUUACCCCAUUUCAAAACAAAGAUCCAAGGUUUGGACAUCCAUUUUAUACACGUAACACCAAAAUCCUCGACGGAGCAUAGAAUAAUUCCCCUCUUACUCUUGCACGGAUGGCCUGGAUCCUUCAGGGAAUUCUAUGAGAUAAUUCCAAUACUUACCAAUCCUCAAAAUGGUAGAGACUUUGUUUUCGAAGUGGUUGUUCCGUCUUUACCAGGGUUUGGAUUUUCGGAUGCUGCUGUAAGACCAGGGCUUGGACCUCCUCAAAUGGCAGUUGUGCUGAAAAAUCUGAUGUUGAAACUUGGUAAAGACAGGUUUUUGGUACAAGCUGGAGAUUGGGGUUCGGUCAUAAUGUCCAAUAUGGCUAUCUUGUUUCCUGAACAUGUGAUUGCCACCCACAACAAUUUUUGUAUGGAUCUGUCAAUGAAGGCGAUGCUGAAGAGGUUCCUGUAUGGUCUAUGGCCUUCCCUGGUGGUUAGCGAGAAAUACAAACACUUGGUUUUUCCCACUACAAAGUUUUUAUCUGGGCUCAUCAAAGAAACAGGAUAUUAUCAUAUUCAAGCUACAAAGCCCGAAACUUUAGGUGCUGGUUUGAGCGAUUCUCCAAUGGGACUGGCUGCUUAUAUUCUGGAAAAAUUCUUAGACGAAAAUGGAGAACUUACCAAGAAGUUCACAAUGGAUAGCUUGCUAGAUAACGUUAUGAUAUACUGGGUGACCAACUCGAUGACCACAGCUAUUAGACUGUACGCUCAAGCAUCUCACAAGUCGGUAAAAUCUUUGCAUGUUGAUAGGAUUCCUGUUCCUGUACCUACAGGAUAUGCCAGAUUUGUACAUGAUGCCGUUUAUUCUCCUGAGGCAUUGUUGAAGGACAAAUACCCCCAUUUGAUCCACGUCACUGAUCUGGAAGGAGGCCAUUUUGCUGCCAUGGAAUGUCCACAGAUUUUAGCCAACGACUUAUGUGACUUCACUGAGAAAGUAUUUAGUAAACACCAUGGCUAAUGGAGUUAUUCGUGCUUUUAAAACGUUCUUGUUUGGAUAUUUUAUUGCAAGUACGUGGAUAACUCUCGAAAUGAACGAGUAUGUAACAACUGUUUCAAAAUAUAACAUUUCAUGGAA